AUGUUGCAGACAUUGCUGAUGCUGGCAGUGCCCACCUUGUUCACAUUGACCGCUGUGCUGUACACAUUGUCUUGUACUGAAAGACCAGGCAGAGAGCUGCUAAUGAAUAGAAGAACUGGAAGGAAAGUCACGACAAACACUCCAAACUCACACAUUGGAGAGUGUGUUGUCUGCUUUGAGGAAACCUACAUGGUUCUGCUGUACCCAUGUCAGCAUUCAACUGUCUGCCUCAGGUGUGUAGCUGAGAUCAUUGCCAGUGGCAGUGGAGAAUGUCCCUUGUGUCGGAGUCAAAUACAAGGCUAUAGUGAAGUCUUCUAA